UCAGAAUAACGCGGCUAAGGUAAGGAGUUGAUUUGAAUCGAUCAUCUCAAUCGAUCAACAAAACAAAACCACCAAUUUCCAAGAGCCGGAACCCUAGCACCGCGAUCCCAUAAUCGAUUCCUUCUGAUUCCGGCAACAAUGAGCGGAGAAGGCGGAGGAAAGAACCCAGGCGUCUCGUCCGCCGCCCAAUCUUCGCAACCGCCGACGAAUUAUUACUACGGCACUUUCCAAGGCGUGGCUAAUUAUCAGCCCCAGCCUGUGCUGCCCGAUUAUUCGGUGAUAGGAAUCCCUCAGCCUGUGCCGCCUCCCGUCAUCGCUGCCCAUCCGCCGCAUUACUAUCCUCGGGGAUAUCACGCCGUGCCCGGUCAUGUUGUUGUUCAUGGACGACUUUUUAGGGAGGAACGGCUCCCCUGUUGUGGUAUUGGACUUGGAUGGCUCUUGUUCAUUACUGGUUUCUUUCUGGGCGCAGUCCCCUGGUACAUAGGAGCUCUUUUACUGCUAUGUGUUCGUAUGGAUCACAGGGAGAAGCCUGGACUCGUUGCGUGUACCAUAGGUGCUGUUUUAGCUGCUCUUGCUGUUACUCUUGGUGUGACAAAGGUAAGCCAUUCCUGGUGAAGUAGCCAUGUUGUAUAUUCUCCAACAACUAUAGUCCUCAUCAGAGUUGGACACUGUUGAUUGUAUUUAUUUCUCAGAAAAGGAUAUUAUUUUCUUUGUAGUAAUCGCCUCCUAUUCCUGAAUGAUUGAUUAUCCAUGAAAUAAUAUACGGGUUCUGUUGUUUA